AUGGACGAAGUAGAAAGUUUGCGACAAAGAAUCAGAGAACUCGAAAAUCAGCUGCGAGAAAAGAAAAAUACAGAUGCGCCGAGAAAAAAGAUUGAACAUAUGUCAGAAGAAGUAGUAGAUUCAAAUCCCUAUAGUCGAUUGAUGGCGUUGAAACGUAUGGGUAUUGUUGAAAAUUAUGAGAAAAUACGAGAAUUAACGAUAGCUAUAGUUGGAAUUGGUGGUGUUGGUAGUGUAACAGCAGAAAUGUUAACAAGAUGUGGUAUUGGAAAGUUGAUCUUAUUUGAUUAUGACAAUGUAGAACUUGCAAAUAUGAAUAGAUUAUUUUUUCAACCACAUCAAGCUGGUCAGAGUAAAGUGGAAGCAGCAGCAAAUACUUUGCAUUAUAUAAAUCCUGAUGUUGAAAUUGAAAUACACAAUUAUAACAUCACAAUUCUUGAUCAUUUUCAAGAUUUUAUGAAUACAUUAAGAAAUUCUAGUUUGAAGAAUGGUCCAGUUGAUCUGAUACUCAGUUGUGUUGACAAUUUUGAAGCUCGUAUGGCAAUUAACACUGCAUGUAAUGAACUUAAUCAGAAUUGGUUUGAAAGUGGCGUAUCUGAAAAUGCGGUAUCUGGUCAUAUUCAAUUUAUUAUACCUGGUGAAACAGCUUGUUUUGCAUGUGUUCCACCCUUAAUUGUAGCAUCUAGUAUUGAUGAAAAAACGUUGAAACGUGAAGGUGUAUGUGCUGCAUCGUUACCUACCACAAUGGGCAUUGUAGCAGGCUUCUUAGUACAGAACGCUUUAAAAUUCUUAUUAAAAUUUGGACAAGUAUCUCAUUACCUAGGUUACAAUGCUAUGGAAGAUUUUUUUCCCGCUAUGACUUUGAAACCGAAUCCAAAUUGUGAUGAUAUAUAUUGUAAACAAAGGCAGAAAGAAUAUUUAGCAAGGCCACAAAUUCAACAGAAACAGACUGAAAUUAUUGAAGAAAAACCUAUACAUGAAGAUAAUGAAUGGGGUAUUUCCUUAAUUGAUGAACAUAGUGAUCAAUUGGAUGAAAAAAUACACGUAUCAACUCCGGGUGUGUGGCAUGCGUAUACUAUGUCAACAUCUACAUAUGCAACCAAUACAGAACAAAAUGUUCCAGAAUCUACAGAAUCUACAGAACCAAGUUUAGAAGAUUUAAUAGCAGAGAUGAAAUCAAUUUAAAAAUAAUAUAUAUCACAUUUCAUAUUAAAAAAAAAAA